GACGAGCACUGCGUGUGCUUACAAAAUUCUAGGGGGACAUAUCUCACUCUGUCAGACUUAUCACCAACCAGAGAUUCCACCCACCACAUGAUCCCGAUCGAUCCCAGAAGCACAUGCACCUCCGAUCCUUUGGCAUACCUGAUAAAUCACUCUCCAGUCUCCCUCCACUGGACAGCGAGCCAGUUGCACUUGCACAAGGCGUGAGAAACCAACGAAGAUGGCCGGCGGUGAGGGCGACGCAGCGCUGCCAUUGCUGGAGGAGAAGCCCCAGGUGUACUUCGAUGGGUGUCCCGGUUGCGCCAUGGACAGGAGGAAGGCGGAGAACCCGGAGAUCCCCUACGGCCUCUUCUUCCAUACGUGGAUCAUCAACCUCGUCACCUGCCUGCCAGUGUCCUCGUUAUUUCCCUUCUUGUAUUUCAUGAUAAGAGAUCUGGGUAUUGCCAAAAGAGUAGAAGAUAUUGGAUUUUAUGCUGGUUUUGUAGGUGCUUCAUAUAUGCUUGGUAGAGCUUUGACUUCCAUAAUUUGGGGAAUAUUAGCAGAUCGUAUUGGGAGGAAACCAAUCAUUAUUAUCACAAUUUUCUCCAUCCUUGUAUUCAACACCUUGUUUGGACUGAGCGUGCACUACUGGAUGGCGAUAGCUACACGGUUUCUUCUUGGUUUUUUAACUGGUUCAGUUGGCACAAUAAGAGCUUAUGCUGUUGAAGUUUGCCGACCUGAGCAUCACGCUAUUGGCCUAUCACUUGUGAACACAUCAUGGGCAAUAGCUCUUAUUAUUGGACCAGCCAUAGGUGGUUAUCUUGCACAGCCAACAGAUAAAUUUCCAAACUUAUUUUCUGCUGACUCAUUAUUUGGAAGGUAUCUUGUGCUAAAUGUAUUAAAUUCUAUUAGUAGAGUAUUUUCUUCAAUGUACUCAUUCUUGUAUAUUUUUAAUAGGUUCCCGUACUUCUUACCGUGUUUAUUUAUAUCGAUCUUCAGCUUUGUUGUUCUCAUAAGCUGCAUAUGGCUCCCGGAGACAUUGCAUACACACAAGCUACACAAAAAGGAACAUCCUGAAUCUUUGAUUGCGUAUUUAUCUGAUUCUGAAGAGUUUGUUAAGAAAUAUAGUACUUCAAAUAAGAAUAAGGGACUAUUGACAAAUUGGCCUCUAAUGUCAUCUAUUUUUCUCUUUUGUAUCACAAGCUUUGAUGAUAUGGCUUAUUCAGAGAUAUUUUCUUUAUGGUCUGAGAGUGACAAAAAGUAUGGUGGACUAAGUUUCUCAUCUGAAGAUGUUGGUAAUGUACUUUUGGUGACAGGUGCUAGCAUCCUUCUAUACCAAACAUUUAUUUAUCCCUAUAUUGUCAAAGUUCUCGGACUAAUCAAUUCUUCUCGUAUUGCAAUUAUUCUAUCCAUGGUGCUUCUUUUCACCUAUCCACCUAUGGCGAACUUGUCAAGACCAUGGAUAUCCAUUGUUGUAAAUAUUGCAUCGGUGCUUAAAAGUUGUUCGGUUGCUACCGUUGUAACAUGCUCCUUCAUUCUUCAGAACAAUUCUGUGCCUCAAGAUCAAAGAGCAACUGCAAAUGGCAUAGCAACUACAUUGAUGUCCCUUUUUAAGGCAUUUGCUCCAGCUGGAGCUGGUGUUGUAUUUUCAUGGGCACAAAAGCACCAACAUGCUUUGAUAUUUCCAGGUGAUCAAAUGGUGUUCUUCCUUCUGGACAUUGUCAUACUUUUUGAACUUAUUUGGACAUUCAAGCCAUUUCUAGAUGUGCCAAAGCAAUCUUCUUCGAGCUAACCCUUCUGGCUAAUGGCGUAGACAAGUUGUGUGUUAUUUUUACCAUGAUACGCCAUUGCUAAAAUUUUCUAAAGGUGUCAUUUUUACACCAUCUAAAGGUGCCAUUUCCAUAUACUAUCAACAGUUUUGCUAGAACAACUUCGUUUUGGGGUUCUAUCAGCUUUGAAUGUUCUUUUGUACAUGCUGUGUAUCUCUAAGAUGUAAAUCUAGUAUAUGAAAAAUAUUGCAAUGAUUUUCUACUAGUUAAGGAAUCACUUUGCGUGUAGUUAA